UUUCGCUUCAGUUUACAUUUUACCGUAGUGCAGAACGUUUAAACGGAAUCCAACUGUACAAAUGUACCCACCCAUCUGUUUGUGUUUCCCUCGCCACAUUAAAAGAAUCUGAAAUUGCUCGAGUGGUGUUGGAAUUUAAAAGCCGGUAGUGAAAAAACCUUUCCCAGUGGGCACUUAAUUGGCCAAAACAACAGUUCGAAAAAGUACAAAAUCUCUAAAACCCGACGAAAACAAAUAAUCUCCAACAAAAACAACAACGCGAUAUGAAAGUCGACGUCGGCAACGGAAAUCGUUUUGCUAAAUUGCAACUGCAGCGCCAAUAAACAAGGAUUAUUUACGAAAACGCGAAAUAAAGAAAACGUGCCACAAAAUAACAAUAACAAUAAGGACAACAUCAAAUGGCCACAAACACCAUUACCGUCUUGGGAGACAAGAACGAACAAGAACACAGUAAGCGUCGUGGAUGCCACUGCCGCCUGUGAAUGCGAUGCAGUUGAAUAAUCUUUGACAAGUGACUGUCCGAGUCCCCUUAACCUCCCGAGAUAUGUAGGAAUAGCGGUGAAAUCUAAGCAAUGCAAAUAUAAAACAAAUUAAAACGCGACGAAGCAAACAAUCCGACAACCUCCAACAAACCGGUGCACCAGGAUCUCAUAAUCAAAUCUCAUUUGUGGCACAACGACAACGAUUGUUCGCGUAAAUUAUUCAUUGGCAUGUUGUUGUCAUAACGCAGGACCACAGUUACCUACAAAUCUGUCGUGCCCCACCAUUUCUUCGAGUGAUUUAUGGUCUUCGUUAGCGCCAUUUCAAUCUAAUCACUGCUGCUGCUGUGCGGGCCGGAAGACGAAGGACGUUUCGCCACUCCAGUGAAAACCUGUUUAUUGGAAAAUGACUAUUUCCCUGGUGCCUCUCGUGGGAAUAAUUCUCACAGCAUCUGCAUCCAUUGUUGCUGCAAACCUUUCGCUGGACUUCAAAGUAACCAAAAUAUCCGCGAGUCCAGCCAACUGUAAUGUAGCCAAUACCACGUACGCCCAUGGAGAAACGUUCAAAUUGGAUUGCAGGACGCAAUGCGUUUGUGAGAAUGGUCGACACGCCUGCUCAUCACUGUGUCCAAAGGAACAGCUUCCGGCUCCCGAGGACACCAUAUCGUGCAGAUCUCCGCGAUUGGUCGAGGUGCCUGGUCACUGUUGCAAAAUGUGGCUCUGCGAGAAUCCAACGGCCGACGUUUACGCCACAUGUCACAAUUCAUCAACCAGUCCGUGGACGCCGUGCAGCCAAUCGUGCGGUUUGGGGAUGUCCACGCGCUUCACGUCCACCGCAGCCGGGUGCAAUCAAUUGAUAAAUUUACGAUUGUGUGAAAAUCGCAAAUGUGAUAAUCAAGACAUGUCCUUUGAAGGAGUAAAUUUGCUGGGAUCUCAACCCCUGGUGACGGUUAAGGAGGAACAUCAUGGUGCUCACCAUCAGCGUCAGCAUCGACAUAAGCACAAAAUGAAAAAGAAAAGUCACGAGUGCCGACACGUGGAGCAUUUGGGACCGUCUCGCAUACGCUUAGGAGAAUGUGUUUCAAGAAAGCUGUAUCGCCCAAAGGUCUGUGGACAUUGCUCUCAUCCGAGGAAAUGUUGCAUGCCUUCCCUAUCAACGACCAUACAGGUCGAACUGCUGUGCCCCUUGAAUGCAGCGGACCCGAUUAGUGUCGUUCAACAGCAAGAAGAACUCACUUCUGAUGGGGCGCUCCCAGCCCUGACAUCUCUGUGGGAUACCAGCUCCCUGGAUGGCAUAGACCAGGAAUAUUAUCAAUCGCGCCAGAUGCAUAUCCAAAAUAAAUUCAUUGCCAUCGAAUGGAUACUAAAGUGUGAAUGUUCCGAAAAUAAAAACUGUCGUCGGAGGGCUGUGGAGCUGCCUCGUCGUGCCAAUAACGGUGUCGACCACAAUGAUAAUACUGUGGAUGACAAUGCGGAUAAUGAUGGUGGCGUUAACGAAAACAACAGCAAUGAUGGUCACUUCGAUGUUGUAAACAUUCGCAAUAACAAUUAUUUUAACAACAAAAACAACAACGAUGACGACGAUUUGAGCUACUUUAGGCCUUAUGGGAAAACGAACAAGGAGCGCCAUGGUCAUUUACAGCACUUCGGUGAUGACGAUGAUGUCAACGCUGAUGACAACACAGACAACCACAACAUUGUGGCCGAUAAUGAUUCAAGCCCAGACAGAAUUGGCCACAAAAAACAUACCAGGCUUUACAAUGCGAGACGAGCCAUUAUGGACAGCGAGGAAACAGUGUCAUCAAUGUCUGCGAGCUCGGAUGAAACUCAACCCGAUAUCAUACCAUAUCCGCCACCCCCAUUUACGACCGAUAAAGGUACGGCGAAUAGUGUCAGAUUGAACAGCAACAACAGCAACGGCAACAAGGCCAAACACCAAGUCGAGCAGACAGAGAAUGUCAUUAACGAGAGCGUACGAAAUGCCCAGCGACAACAACAGCUGGCAAAGCAGGAGAAAUAUUUCUAUGAGCAAUGGCUGCUGCAGCAGGAGCAGCAAAAAAGACAAAACAUGUUGCUUCAGCAGCUUUGGAGUACAUAGCACCAACAACAGCCCCGUCAUGCAGACCAGCAACAAAAUCAGCACACGAACAAAUGGCACCAUAGUGCACAGCAAAAUGCACACCCAUAGCAUGGAAAACACCAGUACCACCAACAUAAAACCGGCAAGACAACUUCUGGACAGCUAUCGGGGCACCACAAAGCCCAAAUCAAUCAUGGCCUUACUCUAUCAACGAUCAAGUCGUCUCGCACCAGAGCCGAAUACAAAUCGCUAAAGCUGAUGCCACACGGAAUACCUGUAGGUGCACCAUAAAAGGAACACGCCCACUCUGAGCCACAUACAUAUCACAACAGAUUUCGAAAUAAGUUAUUCAACACACAGAGACGCUUGCAGCACCAACGCCAAUACCAAAUGCUCAAAGCAUUAUCACGACUUGUAUCUAGAAGCGAAAGCAGCAACCACGGUAGCAGCAGAUGUCGACUACGCUGCCUGGGUGGGGAUAGAGUGUUAGUGCCACUUAGAGUUUACGACAUAUCCUGCCUCCAUAUCCUAAUUGUGCAACACCAUAUUUUAAAUCGUCCAACUGCCCAGAACGAUAUCUCCGCCUUUUCUCGCCGUGAUGUCAGCAACUUUCUUUAAUCAAUUCCCAGCAAUACUUCGAACAAAUGAAAAGAUAUAAACCGCUGAUUAAUGCAACAUCAGGUCCCCACCUACUGAUUUACAAUAACUCACACAGAUGUAAUAAUUUACCCAAAAAGUAAUUCUUCAAAUUCAGAUCGCCAUUCAAAUGCAUUUCAAUUCAGAAAAAAAACAAAUGUUAAAUGUAAACGUUGUUCGCGUAUAUUUUCGUCAGAAUAUAUAUUUUUAUUUUUGGCCCGUUUCUCCAAGGCCUUGGCUUCUUGCGCAUUCAAUUCGAAUCAAUACAGUUUGUGUUUUUGUAACUGGGUGUAUAUUCUACCUUUCCUCGAAUGGUGCCCAGAGUCGACAGACUCGUCAGAAAACGGAAACGUUUUCAUACAAAUGGGUUUCUGUAAAAUAUUAGGUCUGUCUGGUUACCCUAAAAUAUGUAACAAUUGUUACAAAUUCGCCGCGAAAUGCCAGAAACAUGCAUGGUACAACAAAAAAGUAACCAGCUGAUUACAAUUUUUUUCUAAGUGUGCCCGACUUCUACCAAGUUUGUGUAUUUAUUGUUUUGAAAAAAAAAAAUAGAAACAAAAUAUUUUCAAAAUUAAUGAUUGGAAGCAACGUACAUUGCGGAACACGCAUUAAAGCCUAUUCGCAUUUUUGCCAUGGAUUUGAAAUAUCAAACUGUUUAGAUCAUAUUUUUGAAAGAAAAUCCCGAAAUUUAAUUAAUUUUUCGCGCUAUUUAACUCAUUUUAAAAAUGAGGAGAAAUAUCGAAUAAAUGAAAAAAACUUGUUGCAUGCACAUUUCACAGAAAGCGGGCAUGGUCUCAGUGGUGUAUUUCUGUAGUUUUGGGAAGCUGUUCUACCACCUUAUUGUACCAUGGAAACAUGAGCAAAAUCACAAUCUGUGAAUAACAUUUAUCAUUUCGGUGCAUGUUUUCCAUAAUAGGUCUGUCUGGUUACUGUUCAAAAACAAGAGUGUAAUUUCCCUUGGUUCUUUUAAAUCGUCAACAAAUAGGUGUUAGCACAUUAUUCACAUUUUUGGAUCAAAAGGCUUUAUAUUUAUAAUUUUAGGCGAUAUUCAUGUUGGAAAACAAUUAAAGUUAUUAGCUAAAUAUGAAGAAAAAUAGAUUUUUUUCAAUUAUUGCAAAUUGUCACAGUUAUUACAAAAGGGAGCCAUUUGUAGAGCAGUUUCUCUCAGAGAGCAGUUUCUGCAUAGUAAAGGACAGUCGAAAGAAAGCUAUGCUAAACUAUAUAUAAGUGAUAGCCAAUGUAUGUCGACUUUGCAUGACAGCCUUCGAUGCGAUUCUUAAUUUAAACAAAGCGAUUUGGCAGCAAAAGAAGCCGUCACAUGAUUUUCCUGUGUCGUCCAACAAAAACACAUUCAUUAACGAUGGAAAACCUACAUAAAAAAUAUUCGCUUUUCCUAUUGCACACCAUAAAUGAAUGGCACCUGCUUAAAAAAAAUCUAAUCCUCUUUAUGGGGGGAACAAUGCGGGAACAACGGUAACUAAAAUUAUUUAAUUCUGCACUACAAUAACAAAUUAUUUCCUAAAAAAGAUCUAUUAAACUAUGCCACAUAGAAGCCUGAUUCAGGCUGUAAGGCGGAACGUAGCACGAUUUCUGCUAAGAGUAUAGACACAGUCCCGCAAGUGUGUCCUGCUGCGUAAGUGUCUACACUUCCAUGGUGGGACUUUUCUUUUUGUUUCUUAUUUUUUUCGCAAACAGUAUCAACGAAUAGCAGUCAUGGAUAUGGAAUAAUGAUUGCCUGUAAAUAGAUGUUGUAAAAAUACGAUUUAACUCACUUUACACAUAAGGGAUCCAAGUAACGUUACACGACAAAAUGUGUCAAGUCCACAGCGGAAGGAACCACUGUCGCACAGCUAAAGUAGACAUAAUUGAAAAACAGCUCGCAUCGGAGCAUAUCUUAAUAAAGUUAUAUUUUUUAGGUAAAUGUUAUUUAAAUAUUUGUAGACGUUAAAAAAGACACAAUUGCAUACACACAUACAUAUAUACAUAUCCUUAGAAUACCACUGCACCAAACCCAAUAGUUAUGAUGAAGAUACACUAACACGUACAAACGCACACAUUUCUUGUUCGACAGUGUGGCCAAUUGUAUAACAUGGCUAAGAAAAUGAUGGUAUAAAGUGUGUCAACUAAAUGUUUACAGGCUGCGAUAAAUUGAAAAAAAAAAAACAGUUACAUUUCAAAGUGCGGAGCUUUGACGGCAAAUUUCUUUUGCACCGCGCCAAUAACUCUUUUGACAAUUAAUCAAGUAUCAGAUGACCGCAAUAACAAAAAUUGUACCGAGGGUUACUUAAGUUGCCAAAUUGUUUGAGGUUUGCCCCAUCGUAUCUCUUGUUUGAUGUAGAACAAGUGCUAUUUCUAGCUUCCAUUCCAUAUUUGUGUGUUCCUUAGGUCCCUAAAUAAAUAGUUGUUUAUGCACAAGGAAGUUGUCAUAUCAAGCUGAAGUUCUAAAAUCGAGCCAAGCCGACCAACUGAUACCCUAUACAACUACCUCUUCGCUUUAAAAGCUACAUUUCCGUUAAACAUUUCACCGAAUUUCUUCUUUUGUUCUAACCUCCGAUAUCUCGAAAUACACCCAUAUCGUUAUACCAAUAAGACGUUAUUCUUCCGGUAGCGUUAAACUAUUAAAACCCAUAGCAACAGAGAUUAUUGAAAAUGGAAACGGAAAUUUCUUAUAUCCACCUUCUGAAAGUACAGUCAUAUUGACGGAAUAUGCAGGUUCCACAUCUCCACUGAGAACAAACAUUCACAAGAAAAAUAAUUGAGAUAUAAGGCUACAAUUUUGUACACAUGUGUAUAGUAAGUUCGUAAAUGGGCCAUGUCGGUCCACGUUUUCGUACAGCCUCAUGUAACGUUACCUUCUGAUAUUCGGAAUUUUGAUGAUUUUAUUGAAGUUCGGAAUCAGCGCUACAGCAUAUAACAGAUAAUUACUUACAUAAUUAUCUUCGUAUAGCUCCCAUAUAACGGUUCAUUCAUUGAAGCGGUAUUUUUCGACGGUAUUUUUUGAACAUUUUCAAGUUCCUUCGGAGGUAUGUAGUUGUCAUAAUUUUUGGUCUGCUGGUAAUGCGGAGGAUAUGAAUUUGUUAUUUCUACUAGUACUGAAAGCGGCACACGUGCAUACCAAAUUUUAGCUAUAUACGAAUGCCUCGGUUCUUAAAUCUAGUGCAUUUUUAUUGUAUAGCGAGUUACGGUCCCAGGCUUGACGUGGUGCUUAAUUCGUAUACCUCUGACAAAAGUUUUUGUUGCGAAAAAUCACAAAAUCGUUAUUAAAGCAUCGAAAUAUCGGCGAUAAAUUGUAUGUCACUCUACAGAUCGCAAUUAUUUUACUUCAGCUAUAGUCAGAAUAUAAACCUUUACAUCAUUAUCGAUUUUCAUUUUUACAUUAUCAUUGAAAUGUCCGCAAAUAAUUGUGGUGUAGUGUAUCACAGGAUACUUUGCUUCCUUGUUUUACAACGAAUGUAUUUCCUUCUGAACAAUUUACAAAAAAUAAAUCUUAAGGUUUGAAAAUAUAGGAGUAGAUUUUUACUGGAAUAGAAUUCAUAUCAGAAUGACUCCAUGUGUUUUUAACCAAACGAAACGAGUAAGUCAUUAAAGUAUAUAGAGUGAUACCUAGAAUCUACCUACAUUCGUAAAAAUAAUUUUUCUACUACCGUUUCUCAGCUCUAAUUGAUUCUGUUUUAACGUUUUAACAUUUAACGUUUAUAUUAAAACAUAUUAUGUAAAUAAAAUUUUAUUCGGUUAUUGGGCUUGAAACAAUUAGUUGACAAACGCACUAUAUAUCUAUGUGCCGAAUAAACCAAAUAUUAAAUGUCUGAGGGCCGGAUGUGUCGGUUCCAAAGUUGAUUGACUCAGACUAACGAACUGACAAAGAAAGAGCAGUAGGUAGAUAUCUGCCACUCGUCAUUAGACAGCGGACACAUUCGACUUCACGUAAUUCUGCCGGACAUCCAAUAUUUGGUUUUAUGCGUAGGCACAUCCGCGCAUACACACCGCUCAGUAACUGAAAACGUGUGCUAACUCAAAAAAACGAGGUGAUUUGCAGAGAACCCAUUGUAAAAUAUAAAUGAAUAAUGUGAUCUUGAACUAAAAAAUACGAAAGCUCGUAAAUACACAUCCUGCAUGGACGUUCAGCGACAUCGGUUCUAAACACCCCUCAAGUAAAUGAACGCUAUGCACACCCUCUGCCAGAUGUCAGACGUAAUUUGCAGACAAGGUGCGAUUAGAUUUACUUUAGGCUUUCGAAAGAGAAUUAAGGAAGGUUUAUAACAUAAGAAUAAUUCUAUUGCGAUAAGAAGGAUGACAUUAAUACUUAAGUACAUAUUUAUAGAAUUUGAAUGUAUAUUUAAAACUGAAUGAAAAAUACAUACAUACAUAUAUAUUGCGUACAAGACAACAACAAAAAACUCGUCGCCUCAGAUAAA